AUGAAAGACAGGACACUUGUGGAAUCUGAGUUCGUGUAUGAACAAGAGACCCAUCUCACCGUUUCCAAAACCUCCGUCUUCUUCUCCGGCGACGGCUUCAUUGUCUAUGGCUGCAAAGGCGAGGUCGUCCUCCGGGUCGACACGUACGCUCAGGACGCGCGUGACAGCUGCGAACUCGUUCUCAUGGACCCCAACGGCCGCUGCCUCCUCACUGUUCGCCGCAAGCGACCGAGUCUGCAUCAACGGUGGGAAGGGUUUGUGGGGGAGCGAACAGAAGGCCAGAAGCACAUCUUCAGCGUGCGGAGAUCUUCCAUGAUCGGAAGGUCCACAGUGACCGUGGAGGUUUUGGGAGACCCAGGCGAGGAGUACCAGAUCGAGGGCUCAUUCUUGCAGCGGUCCUGCACGAUCUUCGACGCGGAGAAGAAAUUAGUGGCUGAGAUUAAACGCAAAGUUGACGCCUCCACGCACACGAUGCUCGGGAAGGACGUCUUCGCUCUCUGCGUCAAGCCCGGCUUCGACGCGGCGUUUGCCAUGGGAUUGGUGCUCGUUCUCGAUCAGAUCAACGCUGACGAUCAGAUCAACGUUGAUGAUUAUGGUGAUGAUGGGGUUGUGGUGGACCCCACCUCAGAGGUUUAG